CGUCGGGCUCGAAACUCGCACAAACUGAACAAAGCUGGUCGUAAAGAUGGCUAACGUGUAGGCAGGAGAGCUCGAGCUGGCGUUAGCUCCGCUCGGCGGUGUGCGAGCGUACACGCCGCCCGUCGCCCGAGCCAAUCGCCGCGGCUCGGUGUGUCGGAAGGGGUUAGACGGAUCGAUCGCCACGGGCACGGCGGUGGGCCCAACGCACAGCACCGGCGCCGUGUGGCGGAGCUGAGUGAGGAUGCCUCUGCUUUUCACCUGGGUCCUGACGUCCUCCCUGUUGAUGGCUUCUCCCCUGGUGACUGCCACUGUGUCACGCAGCUUCAAAGACUGCAGCCAUUUUUUCUACAUGCAGACCCCACCUGCAGGGAUCGCAGGGACCAGCCUUAAGAGGAUCUGUCAGAUGUAUGCAGACAAAGUGCGCUACGCCACAUUGUAUGACUGUAGCCUCCGCCUGCCCCUCUACUCAGCCUACAUCUUUCAGAAGUCUGAUGGGAAGAGGAGGAUGGACACACCCUGGAUGUAUGAGCCUCAGUUGCUUACCGACGAUGAAAGCGGACACAUGAAAGCACUUCCCCUUAAUGAAGACUCUGCUCCUCUGAUUGAGGACAGCCAGGCUGUGUUGGAGGACUAUACAGAUGCUAUAGGGUACAGACGUGGCCCUCUGAAUCCAGACUUGCACCAGGCUGACCUCGAUGACAAAUCCUCCACCUAUACCCUGACCAAUGUGGUCCCAUUAAUCACAGACUUCCUGGAAACCUCCUGGAAUCCAUACUUAGACAAUGUUCGCCGGCGCCUAAAUAACUUCUGCCAUGGCAAAUCUUUCAUGGUGACAGGGGUGACUGUCUCAGGGGCGACCUCCCGGCGAGAUAACCGGGACCGCCUAGCAAUCCCAAAAUACUUAUGGCUGGCGUACUGCUGCCCACGGUUUGACCGCAACUCACCGUAUGAGGUGAGGUUUAUGUUCCCCAGCUAUGGGGGCUAUGCACUGAAUGUACAGACUGGCCACAGUGUGGUGGAAGUCUCUCUUAAGACUCUGGAGGACUUCCUGAAGAGCCAGAGUGACACACACAGUGACAUGACUAUUUUCUAUAAGGGCUGUGUGUCAGAAAAUCCCUUCAAGAAGAAGAGAGACAUGACCAGUGUUUUAGGGUGAAUGACCAACUGGACACAGUAUGGAUAAGACUUUGUGAUUUUGUGCUUAAAAGACCCAACAAACAGGCCUCACUUGAAUUGACUUUAAUAGAGACAGUGUUAUGUAGCCCUGGCUUCACGUGAUUUUAAAUACAUUUAAUUAGAAUUGCACAAGAGUUUAGAGGAAGACAGACUACAUAAAAGGGGACACCCAGUGGUUUAGUAUUACACUUCCAUAAAAUUGGCUGGCUGACAUGAGACAAAAUUAAGCAUCAGAGCCGCUAAAGUCCUGACCUUAAAAUAAGGUGCACGUCACGCAACUCAAUAGCAUCUUACAUUAAAGACUUCCUUUGUGGUAUUCCAUGACGUUUAAUUUCCUCAUCCCAAAUUUGUUAAUUGUU